GCCCACCCCCGCAGACCAAAAUCUCCUUUAGCUGCUUGAGUUUCCAACCUGUUCAGCUGAAAGGAAUGUGCUUUGCUUUCAGAAAAGUUGUGCAAUUCAUGCAUACAAAUGGGCAGGAGAACAGACCUUUUAUCAGCUAGAUAAUAAAGACACCCCUUGGAUAUCUCUACCAUGGACAGAACUGAGUGCAGUCCUGAGUCAAUUCUGGACUCAUAAAUACCCCAUCCCUUGCCUGAGCCAUUUUUGGAAACAGUUUGAAGCCAGGUUAAAUGCCCUGGAUUCCCCCAAACAACUCUGAAAAGUACUGGUUAUGCAAAGAGUGAUGAGGACAUUAUUAGAAGCCUCUGAUUCCUUCCAAGAACUACAAUACCAAAAGACUCUUGGGUGGGAACCCUGAGAUUAAACAGGUUUCAUUUAAAAGCAUAGUUUGAGAAUGUUGAGAGAGGGCCAACGUUGGUUCACUAGCCUCUCCCUAAUCUAUGCCAAUAUUUCUUUUUUUAACCAUAUCUCAUCAUUUCAGGCACAGUUGGUUCUCAUCGCUCAGAGAUGUCACAUUACUCUGCAGAUCAUCAUAUCCUAAUUAGGGCACUCACUUGAUUCAAGAAAUGCUAGUUGCUCCAUCGUAGCUGUUUUAAUUGAUCGAAUCCGCACCUUCAUAAAACAACAGCCCUGGAGGAAAAAACUAUUUUGCUCUUCAUUUUUCAGUAAUGCACACACACAGGAGCUUUCUUAAAGAGACGUACCCUGCUACGUAAGACCAAAAAGGAAAAUGUCUUUCCUGAGAUGGUUGCCUGCCAGCACACAUGCUGUUUGUAAGUCCUUGCCUUAAAAAAUGAUUUUUUUUAAAGGAAAAAAAAUCUGCUGCCUGAUUCGUUCACACUUGUUAUCGUACAAAAUAAUUUGUAAUUGGCUGAUCUGAUGUCUAUUUAAACGAUGUUGCUGUUACGAUUCUUCCACGGCUGCCUCAAAUCGCCUCAUGUAGUCACUGAUGGAUGUGAGAAAGGGAGUUUUGGGGAGCAAGAAUGCAGGUUUGAAGAGAGUGUGAAGGUGGUACCAUGAGAGAGAAGAUGGCCACAGAGGAGGGGGCUGAGGCAGACCUGGGAGCUGUGACCCAAGCGCCACUGAGCCUGCAAGGCAUUAAAAUGGAAGAGCAAGCACCAGCAGCCCUCAGAAUGGGGCAAGCCCUAGAAAAAGCAGGACAGGCUUCUUGUGUCCUCCGUGCCAGGAAGUUCUUGCAAUGGAAGGUGUCUCCACUGGUCAAGGAGGAGCCAGAUGCAGGAAGGAUCCAGCGCUGGGAGGUCCAAGGCCCAGAGACAGAACAUCCCCUUUCUUUUGGAUGGGGGAGAGCAAGGCCCACCGAGGCUGAACCUUGGGAUGACAUCCUGGCACUUUUCGCUUCCUUUGAGCACGUGGCCUACGCCUGCCGGUGGCCGAGGGAAGAGUUGGUGGCCCGGCUUUUGCCAGCCUUGGGCGGGGAGGCCCAAGAGGCUUACCUCAGUUUGGACACUAGUGACAGAAGGGACUAUGGGAAAGUGAAGGCAGCCAUCUUGAAGAGGGAACCUGUGGCGUCGGAGAAGCGGAGGAGGCACUUCCGGCAGUUCCAGUACCAGGAGUCAAGGGGGCCGAGGGAUGCUUGCCGGCGGCUCUGGGAGCUGUGCCAUCGUUGGCUGAGGCCGGAGAGCCGAACCAAAGAGCAGAUCCUGGAGCUGCUGAUCCUGGAGCAAUUCCUGACCAUCUUGCCAGAGGAGGUCCGGAGCCAAGUUUGGGAGCAAGUCCCAGAAACCUGUGCCCAGGCGGUGAACCUGGCUGAGAAUUUUUUGGCAAGGCAGCAGGAGGCUGAGAGGCAGGUACUCCAGGUGUCAGGGCCAUUCGAGGACACGCUCGUGAGUUCCCCAAGGGCAGAGCUGGCUCCGUCAGACACCAGGCAAAACCUCCUCAGGAAGGCCAAGCAGACAGGUGGUGGAGGAGAUGCCAGCUCUCUGGGUUCCUCUGACACAGAGGCAACAUGGGACUCACUGGCAGACGAAGGGGGCCGUGGCAAAUGUGGGAAGAAAGACCCUUCUGCAAGAGCAGUGCAUUUACACCCCACGCAGGGUUGGCUGGCUGCAAAUACUCGGCUGUAUCAUUUAGAGCCUUCCUCCUGCCAGCUUCAGGCCUUCAGUCUUCUUUUCUCUCCGGCAGCUGGUAGCUGUGGAGCGGCGUUCGGAUUCUCUCCCCUCCCUGCACCGGCCAGAAAUGAAGAGUAUGGAGAGAGGCUUGUGGGAGCUGAGGGGCUCCCAGCACACCUGGGCGCCGCCAGCAGGGACAGCGCGUACCUGUGUUCCCAGUGUGGGAAAGGGUUUCGUUGGCCGUCGGCGCUGGCCGUCCACCAGAGGACCCAUACGGGGGAGAAGCAGCACCACUGCGCUGAGUGCGGGAAGCGCUUUGGCCAGCGUGGGCAUUUGACGGUGCACCGGAGGAUCCACUCAGGAGAGAAGCCGUAUGCGUGUCCUCAGUGCGGGAAGCAGUUUGUCGACUCCUCUCACCUCACCAAGCACCAGAGGACACACUUGGGGGACAGGCCCCACCACUGCGCUGAGUGCGGGCGAAGGUGUGCCAAUAAACGCUCGCUCGUGCAGCACUAGCGAAUUCACAGCAGUGAGAAGUCCUAGGCCUGGGGACGAGCCUAGGC